AUGCCAAGCCCAGAACACCGCCCCGAAGUCCGCGCCAUGGCCAUCGAACUCACGCCGUACCAGUCCAUCAUGAUCCACGGCUGGUCCCGCCCCUCCUCGGUCCUGGCCUGGAAGCACGUCGUCGCAAGCGAGGCCCUGACCUGGCAGUUCCUCCGCUCGCUGGGGCUGUCCCCCGAGAAGCUCAAGACCCUGCAGCCCAGCCCGGAGGAGUGGGUCAGGCACGGCAACGUGCAGCUCCCCAUGGUCACCGACAUGCUCUGCUUCCCCGUCCACCCCAUCCUCCACCUCCGCGCCGACAUCAGCGAGCUCUGGCAGCUCAAGCUACCCUCCCACCUCCUCGAGGCCAUGGGGGUGACGUACGCCCAGCUCGUCGACAUUGGGAUGACAAAGCAAAUCAUGGCGAGGUGGUCCUUCUCGCUCCACCGCUGGCGCUCGCUCGGCUUCACCGAGGACGACCUCCAGGGCUGGUCCGAGAGGGACUGCGUGCAGGUGUUCCACCUCUCGCUGCAGCAGACCCAGGCCGAGCUUAGGAAACCAAUCAAGUAA